CUGCUUAAAAUGUUAUUCGGCCAUUUUGCAUAUAUUUUUACGGGAGGCGAGCACUAAAACUGAACAAGUUUACUAAAUUUUUCCCGAGCAACUUAAUUAUAUAGGAAAAAUAUUUUCUUAAACGAAAAUAUUGUGUUUAGAAUUUUUCUAAAAUCAAAAUGGCACGAUACACCCAGAAACCGGAAAAUGCUCUCAAAAGAGCGAACGAAUUCAUUGAUGUGGGUAAGCCCUUGCGUGCCUUAGAUACUUUGCAAGAAGUUUUUCGUACUAAACGAUGGAAUUAUGCAUACUCCGAAACUGUUAUUGAACCUCUAAUGUACAAAUAUUUGUACUUAUGUGUGGAACUUAAGAAAUCCCAUAUUGCCAAAGAGGGCCUAUUUCAAUAUCGAAAUAUGUUUCAGUUGGUAAAUGUGAACUCUCUGGAAAAUGUUAUUCGUGCGUAUUUACGGAUGGCUGAAGAGCAUACUGAAGCCGCUCAGGCUCAGUCAUCAGCCGCCGUUGCAGUUUUGGAAUUAGAUGAUUUGGACAAUAUCGCAACUCCCGAAAGCAUUUUGAUGAGUGCCGUUUGUGGCGAAGACGCUCAAGAUCGUUCGGAUCGUACAAUUCUUUUGCCUUGGGUGAAGUUCCUAUGGGAAUCCUAUUGCCAAUGCCUUGAACUGCUGCGUGUUAAUACCCAUUGCGAAGUUUUGUACCAUGAGAUCGCUCGCAUGGCAUUUCAAUUUUGCUUAAAGUAUAAUCGAAAGAGCGAAUUUCGUCGUUUGUGCGAUAAGCUGCGUAAGCAUUUGGAGGAUAUUUGCAAGAGUACGAAUCAGACCACAGGCGUAUCCAUAAAUAAGUUGGAAACUCAGCAACUCUGCCUUGAUACCAGAUUGUAUCAGCUCGAUUGUGCCAUACAAAUGGAACUAUGGCAAGAGGCCUAUAAAGCUAUUGAAGAUAUUCAUGGUCUAAUGACUUUAUCGAAAAAAACCCCUGUACCGAAAACAAUGGCAAACUAUUAUCAAAAAUUAGCUAUGGUUUUUUCAAAAGCUGGCAAUCAGCUGUUUCAUGCCGCGGCUCUAUUAAAACUUUUUCAGUUAACCCGUGAAUUAAAAAAGAACCUUACUAAAGAGGAUAUGCAACGUAUGGCUUCGCAUGUACUUAUAGCGACGCUUUCGAUUCCAUUACCCUCAGCACAUCCCGAGUUCGAUCGCUUCAUUGAGGCCGAUAAAAGCCCUUUGGAGAAAGCCCAAAAACUUGCUAUAUUAUUGGGGCUACAACAACCUCCCACUCGGGCCUCCUUACUUAAAGAAGUGGUUCGUCUUAACGUUCCACAAUUGGCCUCGGAUGAAUAUCGAAAUUUGUAUAAUUGGCUUGAAGUCGAUUUUAAUCCUCUUAAUUUAUGCAAGCGUGUACAAACGGUGAUUGACGCUAUAGAAGCAAUUCCUAGCGAAAAUAAUUCAUUGGCUCCAUAUAUUCGCCCAUUGAAAGAUGUCACCAUUAUGCGUUUGAUACGUCAAAUAUCACAAGUAUAUGAAAGUAUACAGUUUUCUCGUUUGCUUGACUUAGCUACGUUUUGUAAUAUUUACGAAUUGGAAAAAUUGCUGGUUGAGUCAGUGCGUCACAAUGAUAUGCAGAUUCGCAUCGACCAUCAAAAGCGUUGUAUUUACUUCGGUACUGAUUUAACUGAAAGUCAACGUGAAGAUAAUCCCGAUGGUCCUACAUUGCAAUCUAUGCCAUCUGAGCAAAUACGCUCACAACUUGUUAAUAUGUCAACUGUGUUGCACAGGGCAGUGUCUAUUGUAUAUCCAAAUCGAGAACGUGAUCAACGUUCAAAAUUCCGUGCUCAAAUGGUCUAUCAUUAUCAUGAAAUGAAAGACCGCGAACAUCAACGUAUUUUACAGCGUCAAAAAAUUAUUGAAGAUCGCAAAGAAUUCAUUGAAAAGCAAAAUAAUGCUCGAGAAGAAGAGGAAGCUCGACGUCAAGAGGAGGAGGCUCGAAAGGCUAAAUUGGCUGAGCAGAAACGUCUUGAACAAGAAAACGAAGAACGUGAACGUAAACGACAUCAAAAUGAGAUUCAAGCGAUCAAGGAGAAGAGUUUAAAGGAGAAAGUCCAACAAAUCUCUCAAACAGCCCAUGGUAAAAAAAUGUUGCAAAAAUUGGACGAGGAAAGCAUUAAGAAGCUUGAUGCUGAACAAAUUGCCGCACGCGAGUCUGAGGAAUUACAGCGUGAACGCAAGGAAUUGCAAAAUAAGUUAAAAUCACAAGAAAAGAAAGUUGAUUACUUCGAACGCUGCAAACGUAUGAAGGAAAUUCCAUUAUUCGAAAAAUAUCUCAGCGAGAAAAUGAUCAAGGAUAAAGAGUUUUGGGACGCUCAAGAGGCGAUUCGUAUUGAAACCGCCAUAGCUGAACGAAAAGAUGUUGUUGCGCAACGAGAACGACUCAAGCGUAUGCAUCCUGAUCGCGACGCUUUCUUAGAAGAUUUAAAGAAGGAACGUGCUUCGCUUUAUAUAGAAAAGCAAAAACAAUUCGAAAUUGCUUUAGCUGAGGAAAGGAAAAAACGUUUAAUCGAUCGCAUCGAAAUGCGUCGUAAGGAACGUCGUAAUCAAUGGCUGCGCGAAAAAGAGGAGGAACGUUUACGUAAAGAAGAAGAAGUCCGACGCAUUAAAGAAAAAGAAGAGCGAGCUAUCGCUGAAGCUCGUCGUAAGGAGCGAGAGGCUGAAGAGGAAAAACGUCGAAUUCAAUAUGAGAAGCAACGCCAAAAAGAAGAAGAAGCAGAACGUAGAAUUCAAGAGGAGCGUGAACGUUUGGCUCGUGAGGAGCGAGAACGCCCAGAAAAAGAGCGUGACGUGUGGCGUCCACGUGCGGGUGGCGUUGCUGCCGCCGGUGCUUCAAAUACAGGCGAUUGGCGACGUAGUGGUGCUGGUCAAGCAGACCGUGAUCGCGAAAUCGGUCGUCCAGAACGUAAAGAAGGAGAAGCAGAAACUUCCUGGCGUGUUCGUCGCGAUCCAGAAGCGGCUCCACCGACGCGACCGGGCGGUAAUACCGCUGGUCGUGACAACGACAAAUGGCGUCGUGCAGGUGGUGGGGCUGAUGAGGAUCGUCCACGGGGCAGCGAUUUUCGUCGCGGCGGUGAUCGCGAGGAACGUCCCAGAGGUAAUGACUUCCGUCGCGGUGGUGAUCGUGAGCGUGGGGGCGAUCGCGAGCGUGGCGGUGAUCGUGAACGUGGGGGCGAUCGUGAACGUGGAGGUGAUCGUGAACGUGGCGGUGAGCGUGAGCGUGGUGGCGAUCGUGAACGUCGAGAGGAACCAAAUAGCAGCAAUUGGCGUGAAACUUCACGUCCCGCUGAUCGCGAAAAUCGUGACAAUCGCCGCCAAGUUGGUGGUGAGCGCCGUCAAGUUGACCGCGAGCGUGAGCGAGACCGAGAUCGUGAACGUGGCAAUAAGGAUUCUGGUAGUUGGCGAACUGACCGCCCUGCUGGCCGGGAUGACAAGGAGAAGCCCAAAAGAAUUCAACACGAAAAAGAAAAUAAAUCCGGAGAUGAUGGCGGUGAAUGGACAAGUGUUAGACGUCGUUGAACAAUCUAUUGCAGAGCCAAUUAUGAUUCAAAUAAGAACGUCAACCCAUUACGUUUAGUUGAUAUUUUCACAAUCCAAUUUUUUAUUUUAAAUUUUAAGAGCGUCGUAAUUAAACAAAUGGAUGAUCUUCGUAAAAACUAUAGAUAUCCCGAGUGCAGAUGCUUAAUAUUUACAAGAAUCGCACUUUAUUGAAUGAAGUCAAAUUUUAUGAUAAAUGAAACGUUCUUAUAAAAAAAUUA